CUCAAGGGCUACAGACAGAUGAAGACCCACUUCCCUUCUGCCAGGGUGAAGAAGCUCAUGCAGAGUGACGAAGACAUCGGCAAGGUUGCUCAGGCGACGCCGCUGGUGGUCGGUCGGGCCGUGGAGCUCUUCAUGUGUACGCUUGUGGACAAGGCCCUCCAGGAGAGCCGCAAGGGCCACAGCAAGAAGAUCAGCGUGCUGGCGCUCAAGCAGGCGAUCGACAGCAACGAGGAGUUCGACUUCGUUGCCGAAGUGUGUGACAAGUAC